AAUUUUUGCAUUAUCUAUCAAACUCAAACUUCAACUUCCUCUUCAAUCUUUUUGACAUUCAAUAAUGUCUAUAAUAUGCAUGUAUUUAUUUUCCACUCAAAAUUUUUUAAAAGUACACACUUUCAUAUGUGUGAUAGAGAUGGCUAUCACCAAUUCACCGCCUCCAUUGGUAACAAAUUCUUAAAGCUAGUUAUGGUGACCUGGUCAGAAACACAUGCCACCUUCCACAACCAUGAGGUCCCCAUUUUCAAACUUCGUUUUCUCCGUUUAUAUACUCAUCUGUAGCAUGAAAUAUCUGCUUACAUCAUUCUAGUGGAGUACUGGGAUUCUACCACAAAUUCCAGUCUUGGGUACUAAGAGAAAGUUGAGAGUUCUAGCUCUCUGUGUGUUAGUGGGAUGUAUCUGUUAAAAGCUUGGACGUAUGGAUUACUUAUUGUUGCAUGGUUGUGUUGUUCCUCACUACUUAUCGGAGCUCAGGAUACUCGGAUUACCAACCCGGAUGAAGUGAAGGCAUUGCAGGCCAUCAAGAGCAGAUUGAUAGAUCCCAAUGGGAAUCUGAGUAACUGGGAUCGAGGAGAUCCAUGUACAUCAAAAUGGACAGGAAUUGUGUGCCACAAUACAUCGUUAGAUGAUGGAUAUCUACAUGUAGAUCAAUUGUUACUAUUAAAUAUGAAUUUGUCAGGAAGUUUAGCACCAGAGCUUGGCCAGUUAUCGAAUUUGACUAUAUUGGAUUUUAUGUGGAACAACAUAAGUGGGAGUAUACCAAAGGAGAUAGGCAAUAUUACGUCUUUGUUUCUCUUGCUUCUGAAUGGAAACAAAUUAACAGGUCCCUUGCCUGAAGAGCUCGGUUAUCUUCCAAACUUGGAUAGAAUACAAAUUGACCAAAACCAUAUAUCAGGACCACUACCUAAAUCAUUUGCAUUCUUGAACAAAACAAAGCACUUUCACAUGAACAACAAUUCGAUCAGUGGGCAAAUCCCACCUGAGCUAUCCAGAUUACCAAUGCUUGUUCACUUCCUACUUGAUAAUAACAACUUAUCAGGGUCUCUUCCUCCACAGUUCUCCGAACUGCCAAAUUUACUGAUAAUCCAACUUGAUAACAAUAACUUUGAUGGGACUACAAUUCCAACUUCUUAUGGCAACAUGUCUAAAUUGCUGAAGUUGAGUCUUAGGAACUGCAGUUUGCAAGGACCAAUUCCUGAUUUGAGUCAAAUACCACAGCUUGGUUAUAUAGAUCUUAGUUCAAAUCAGCUAAAUGGAACCAUACCUCAAAACAGACUUUCUGCGAAUAUCACGACUAUCGAUUUAUCUAACAACAAUCUUACGGGAACAAUUCCUGCAAACUUUUCGGGUCUUCCUCUUCUUCAGAAAUUGUCACUUGCAAAUAAUUCAUUGAACGGUUCAGUUUCAUCCACCAUUUGGGAUAAUAGGCCUUCGAAUGCAAAGGGAAACCUUACAGUGGAGUUGCAGAAUAAUAAUCUUUCAAAUGUUACUGGCAGUACUGCUAUACCUUUGAAUGUCACUGUCUGGCUUCGAGGGAAUCCCUUAUGCAACAGCAAUGUAAAUGUUCAGUUCUGUCAACCUGAAACUCAGAGUUUAACAAAUUCCACUCCUGCUCCUAUCCCUACAGUAUGCCCACCAUCUUACGAAUGUUCCACCACAUCUACUCAAAGUUGUAUUUGUGCUGCCCCUCUGAUUGUUGAAUAUCGGUUGAAAAGUCCUGGAUUCACAGAUUUUCGUCCAUACAUAGAUGACUUUGAAGAGUACAUGACAGGAGGUCUUCAUUUAUAUUUUAAUCAGCUGGACUUCAAAAAUUUAUGGGCAUGGGAAGAAGGACCUCGACUGAAGAUAACCUUAAAGUUUUUCCCUGAGAACAACAGCACAUUCAAUAGUAGUGAGGUUCUGCGAAUCACAAGCAACUUCACAUCAUGGAAAAUUCCUGAUAGUGACAUAUUUGGACCUUAUGAACUUCUCGGCCUUGAUCUCCUGGAUGUUUAUAAACCUGAGGUUGGCAACUCUCCAAGCUCUGGUAUAAGCAAGGGUGCAUUGGCUGGCAUAGUGGUGGGGACCAUUGCAGGUGCAGUUAUAUUGUCUGUAAUUGUUUCUCUUCUGAUACUGAGAGUGCACAUGAGGAAGCACCAUGCAGUUUCAAAACGACGUCAUCUUACAGCGUCUAGGACUAGCAUGAAAAUUGAUGGUGUGAAGGAUUUCACUUAUGGAGAAAUGGCUCUGGCUACAAACAACUUUAACAGCUCUGCUCAGGUUGGCCAAGGAGGGUAUGGGAAGGUUUAUAAAGGCAUUCUAGCUGAUGGUACACUUGUGGCCAUAAAACGUGCACAAGAGGGAUCUUUACAGGGUGAAAGGGAGUUCUUGACAGAGAUAGAAUUGUUGUCAAGGUUACAUCAUCGAAACCUUGUGUCUUUGAUUGGAUUUUGUGAUGAAGAAGGUGAACAGAUGUUGGUCUAUGAGUUCAUGUCAAAUGGUACUCUAAGGGAUCACCUUUCUGUUAAGUCUAAAGAACCUCUGAGUUUUGCUAUGAGAUUGAAAAUUGCCCUGGCAUCAUCUAAGGGCAUCCUCUACCUACAUACGGAAGCUAAUCCCCCAAUAUUUCACCGAGAUAUCAAGGCUAGCAACAUAUUAUUGGACUCUAAGUAUACAGCAAAAGUUGCUGAUUUUGGGCUUUCCCGACUUGCACCAGUUCCAGAUAUUGAAGGGGAUUUGCCUGCUCAUGUAUCCACAGUUGUGAAGGGAACACCAGGUUACCUAGAUCCGGAGUAUUUCUUAACUCAUAAACUGACAGACAAGAGUGAUGUCUAUAGCCUUGGUGUUGUAUUUCUGGAACUCCUGACAGGGAUGCAUCCGAUCUCACAUGGCAAAAACAUAGUUAGAGAGGUUAAUGUCGCAUAUCAAUCUGGUAUGAUCUUUUCAGUUAUUGAUGAUCGAAUGGGAUCUUAUCCUUCUGAAUGUGUGGUGAAAUUUUUGACUUUGGCUCUCAAGUGUUGUGAAGAUGAGACAGAUGCUAGACCUUCAAUGGCAGAGGUGGUCCGAGAACUUGAAAAUAUAUGGCUCCUGAUGCCUGAUUCUGACAUUAAAACAACGGAUCCUAUGCUCUCAGGUUCUGAAAAGGUAAUGACUUCACCAUCAUCAUCCUCUAAUGUGAAGAAUCCUUUUGUGUCAUCAGAUGUAUCUGGCAGUGACCUUGUUAGUGGAGUCGUUCCAUCCAUCACGCCUAGAUAGGAAACGUUUGGAAAAUUGGUUGUAUCUGAACCUGAGGUUGCUAAUGUCUUGAAAAUUUGAACUGGGAAAUGGUCUUUACGUUCAUCUCAGUUGUUGAUGUUGUGGAAAGUGUCUCUCUUAAAUCUUCAUUACAGUUUGUUUUGGAAAACUAAUGUACUUAGAGCAGUAGAUGGUUUAAUAAUAUUGGUGUAAAUAUCAACCUUGUACUUUACAGCAAAGUAGUAGAAAAAUAUUUAUAAGAAACAUAAUACUAUCAUUUAU